AUGUCAACAUUGAAUUCUCUAAGCCUUGAUGCCUCAGGCUUCAAGAUACCUGAACCCCAGUCCCUGAUAACCUUUCCUGAUAACCCUCCCGCGUCUCCCCACAACCACGACGCGUCUCUGGAACAUUAUGUAAAUAUGGAGGAUGAGGGAGAUUCUGGAAAGCCAUUCGCAAUACCAGACCUUUGGGCGCCCUCAAAAUUGUAUCUUGGGGGAUUGAUAGAGGACGGGUUACUUUUUUCCCAACUACAACUGGAUGGUUCGCAUUUCACUUUAUCUUGCUUUCAUUACCUACACACAAUUUUCAAUAACUGAUAUGAAGCAGAUAUUGAUGAGAAGCUACCAGCGAUCGCCGAUGCCACGAAGAAGACCGACACAUAUUUCAACCUCCCAGAUUAUACUCUUGGAGACCCUAUUGUCGUCCCGGUAGAUAUCGAACCCAAGAGUGACCCAGCCGCUUCUGCCGAUGGGCCUGGAGACGAGAAUACGAAGGACGUCGGGGAAGAAGAUAUAUGGCUGGGCCUGGGAGAGACAGGAAUACCACCAGACGAAGCAGGUUAUUUGAGUUGGGAUGCGUUUGAGAAUCACCAUUUCAGAGAGCGCCAAACGCCCUACAUAACCGAGACCGGGCCUACUACAUUCGAUGCUGCAAUUAUAGCGCAAGAAGAUUUCUUAAAGAUCAACAACGCCGGCCAUGUUGUCGUUGAUACCAAGACAUAUACAGCAGCUCUGUUUGCACUGGCGCUGGGAAGAAGUUCGGUUUUGUUUACCUGGGUAGAAGAAAAGCAAACUUUCGACUCGGCCUUUCCUAAGAUGAGAAUAUCUGGUUACAGCGGAACAUUGCUAGAAAAUAUCUUAGUCAUGUUCAUGGAUUGUGGAAACAUCACAGUGUCCCUCCAGAAGUUUGUUGACAAGUCUUACACCGCGCAUGCAUCUCCAGGUCGAAUUGCUUUGGCAAAUUCUGUCUCGCAAUUGCUUUCCACAAUACAAGCGCGGUUUAACGCAAAUCCCUCUACGCAAAACAGUAUUAUGCAACUGCAAGCUUUAUUUCAAUCCACCCACUCGAUUUUGAAAUGCUUCGGCCAUAUCACAAGACAUGUUUCUAAAAGUCGAAGUGACGAGUCUAUGCUUUCUACCAUAUACCAAGAGAUUCAGUUGCUCGAGCACAGAACAGAUUCGCUCAGAGGAAUUCUGCUAGAGGUACUUUCCCAAGUAUCUCGGCCCUGGCUUGAGUUCUCUGGAGUAUGGCUUGGAUUGGAACGCGAGACGACCAUACCUCUAACUAAGGAAGGCAAAGGAAAGAGUUUCGUCAAAGUUGAAAAUCGAGAGUGGGUGGACGAGCAAGGACUGGAAGUUAACGAACCCGACUUCGUUCUCGAUCUAGACCGAGUACCUGCUUUCAUCUCUUCAGAGGAUGCUCGUGCGAUGUUUGAGGUUGGGAGGAGUCUUCGCUUUCUAAGAGAUCACCAUUCCGAUCACCCAUUGGCAAGAGCUGAAGUUAUAGCUUCUGCAUGCCCGCCUUCUCUCGAUUGGAAGUUUUCAUGGGAGGAUAUCGUCAAAGUUGAAGGUAGAGCUUUGCAAUACGAGAGUGAUUUAACCAAAGCUAUCCAAGAAUUUGGCAAAAAGAGCUCUGAGCCAGCAGAAGAAGAUAUAAGUCUAAGUCAGAAUCUGGUUGCAAGCUCCUCUCCACCCAAUUUCUGGAGUAGUCAGGAAAGUGGAAUGGAAGCACAUUUACUCGCCACUAUUGAUAUGUUCAAUAAGCCAUUGGGAGAGGAUGUUCAAGUCGACAGCUUUUCCGAAGAGCUCAAUGCAUAUCUUCGUACGUCGGGAGACUCGGUGCGAGAAGAUACCUCUCUCUUUUCUCCUCCAAUUUCCCUAGUUCCAGUACUCUCGUUCAACCCCAUCAUUUCCGCCCAGGCCCGAAUCGUCAAUGGUACUUGCAUGCGUAUAUUUUUCAAAUCACACAACCUGCGGGAACAUCUCAGUGUCCAGCGGAGCUUUCAUUUGCUUGGUAACGGUGUAUUCUCUAGCAGAUUAUCUCAUGCUCUAUUCGAUCCCGAAUUGGAGACAGCAGAGCGACAAAGAGGAAUCGCCCGCUCUGGUGGCACUAUGGGUCUUCGUCUUGGAGGCAGAGACACAUGGCCACCUGCAAGUUCAGAACUGCGACUUGCGCUUAUGGGAGUCAUGACUGAGAGCUACCACACAAACAACUCCCCGGAUGCAAUUCAUGCCGGUACAUUUCUCGACCAGACCUCACUGCCAGGUGAUCUUAGUUUCGCGGUCCGAGACAUGUCGGAGGAAGAUAUCCAAAAGUGUAUGGAUCCAGACUCCGUUGAAGCCCUGGACUUCCUUCGAUUAUCAUACAAACCCCCAGCCCCUCUUGAUGCUGUCAUCACACCCGUCAUACUGUACAAAUACGACCAGCUGUUCAAGCUCCUCCUACGCGUAAUACGAAUGCUCUACGUAGUGUCGGCUCUUUUUCGCGACGCCACUGACCGAACUGCUCGCUGGCAAGGAAUUGAGAAUCUAGCACAGCGCUUUCGGAUAGAAGCUCAUCACUUCAUCUCUAGUAUUUGCGGGUAUUUCUUUGAUACCGGAAUUGAGACUACAUGGCGGCUUUUUGAACGAAAGUUGGACCAAAUUGAAGCUCGCAUCAACCGAGAUGAUGGUAAUAUCGCAUUAGGGCAGAAUGAAGGCAUCGACAAACUCCGGGAUUAUCAUGAAAGAGUCCUUGACAGGAUCAUGUUUGCACUUCUACUCCGAAAGCGCCAACAACCCGUGUUAAAUUUGCUCGAAGAAAUAUUUACCUUGGUUCUUCAAUUCUCAAAGUAUUCGAGGCAAAGAGCUACAGGAUCAAAGAGAAAAGAUAGUGCAGACAAGGAAGUUCGAGAGCUAUAUGCCAGGUUUAGGAAGAAAGUUGGUGUUUUUAUUUCGGUGUGUAGGAGUUUGAGCGAGAAGAAGGGAUAUGGCGAGAGGAAAUUUAUAGACGGGAGAGCUGCGGAUCAAGGGGGACUUUUUGAUUUUGAUGAUUUGACGGAGGAGAAUACCAUCUCUCAGCUUCUGUCCAGGUUGGAGAUGUCGAACUAUUACUCCAAACCGUAGAUGCCUAGAUAUUCGGCGUCAAUACCAAUCAUCAAUCUUUGUUCGGGUAGUCUAGGGGGACUUGUAGGCUGGUCUACACAUUGUUGACAGAUAUAUUUCUUCCUUUUCCUACUAUAAUA